CCCAUAUUCGACAUUCUCUAGUAUCCGUAGACGGGCUCUGCUAGUAUUUUUUUUCUUUUUUUACCUCCGUAAAAGCUAGCUUUAGCUUUAACUAGCUAGGCUAGCUGGCUUGUACAAAAAUUGGUUGUUGCAGAGCAAUAGCUAAAUUGCUUUGCUUAUGUUUUGUUGUGAAGAAGUAUUGCAGUUAACCAUAUAGGUUUAGAUUACAUUAUCACUAGCUCGCAAAAGACGAGACGCGAGUAAAGAAACGAAAACACUUUACAAACUAGCUACCUAGUUAGCUAUUUGUCCAAUUUAAUGGAGUGCCCCCAUUUGAACUCCAAUCUGUGCAUUGCCAUCGAUUCUUCAAGGUUUCCGAAUGGUUUGCCGUCCUCCUGGUGCUGCAACGCGGAUUUUGUCACGUUGCCGGUGUUGCACCGAAAACUGUGACCCAUCAGAAACUGUGACCGCAUGAUUAUUCGCGGUAGUAACAUUAUGUUUAUCAGAAAGUAAAUAAAAUAUAUUACGGUACAUUUUCUCUGAAAUGUUUUUAAACAUGUAUUUUUUUGUGACUGCAUGAACGAGUUAUAUUUGUAAUAAGCUACCUAAAACUUACACUAGACCAUUUACAACUUUAAAUAAUCAUAUUCUACUGUAAAGAAAAGAAAAAACUAAGUAUGUAAUGGACCAGCACAUUGGGUAAGUUGUCAGAAUAUGUAACCCUACUGUAACUGCUUAAUAAAGGAGUUAAACUUCAAACUAUUGUACACGCACGGCCAGACGAUGUGCAGCUGCGGUCAGUUUCUGAUGGGUCACAGCUUUCGGUGCAACACCUGCUUCAUCUCAUGUUUAUUCUUGUCCAGUCUGCAGGUCAAACAAAAGCCCAUGGGUUUGUCUUACCUGUAUGAAUGUGCAUUGUGGAAGAUAUGUGAAUGGACAUGCAAAAAAACACUUUGAAGAAAGUGUGGUCCAUGGAAAUAAUCAGAAGAAAUGUGAGAAGGAAAAGGCAUCACACUCUGUCUGUAUGGACUGUUGUAGUUACAGCACAUUUUGUUACAGAUGCGAUGACUUUGUUGUAAAUGACACAGUGUUAGGACAGGUUCAGAAGGUGAGGGAGCAUCUUCAGAGUUUGGAAAAUUCACCAUUGACUGUUGAUAAGCAAAGAAAAAGGAAACUAUUAGAAACCUCAUCACCAAACAGCAAACUGUUAAAGGACAACGUUGGGACCUUGGCUCUCUCUGCCACCGGCCUGCGAAACCUGGGAAACACGUGUUUCAUGAACGCCAUCCUGCAGUCCCUGAGCAACAUUAAGCAGUUCAGCUGCUAUUUCAAGGAGUUGCCAGCAGUGGCGCUGCACAGUGGUAAAACGUCAGGAAGGAGAAUGUACCACACCCGCAGCCAAGGGGACACCAGUGUGUCCCUUGUGGAGGAGUUUAGAAAAAUCCUGUGCUCCCUAUGGCAGGGGAGCCAGAGCGCCUUCAGUCCAGACUCCUUUUUCUAUGUGGUGUGGAAAAUAAUGCCAAGUUUCAGGGGCUACCAGCAGCAGGAUGCUCAUGAGUUCAUGCGUUACUUGCUGGACCAUCUCCACCGUGAGCUCCAGAGCAGCUGCAACGGGCCUGUCCACCUAGCGUCACCUCAGGAGGGCCUCAAACUCCCAACUACAGGAGCCAAAUGCUGCAUAAAUGGGACCUCCACAGUUGUCACAUCCAUAUUUGGUGGAGUGCUUCAGAAUGAAGUUUACUGCCUGAUCUGUGGGACAGAGUCUAGGAAGUUUGACCCAUUCCUUGAUUUGUCUUUAGACAUUCCCAGCCAGUUCAGACAGAAGAGGACUAAGGACCAAGAGCCUGGUCCUACCUGCACCUUACGUGACUGCCUACACAGUUUCACAGACCUGGAAGAACUUGACGAGACAGAACUGUACAUGUGCCAUAAAUGUAAAAAAAGACAAAAAUCAACAAAAAAGUUCUGGGUUCAGAAGCUGCCAAAGGUUUUGUGUUUGCACCUUAAAAGAUUCCAUUGGACGGCGUAUCUAAGAAAUAAAGUGGACACCUAUGUGGAAUUCCCGCUGCGAGACCUGGACAUGAAGGGCUAUUUGCUUGAGCCGGAGAAUUAUCUACUAGAGAGCUGCCUAUAUGACCUUGCUGCUGUGGUGGUGCAUCAUGGGUCAGGGGUGGGAUCAGGGCAUUAUACUGCGUAUGGCAGCCACGAGGGCCACUGGUACCACUUUAAUGAUAGCACUGUGACUCUCACUGAAGAGGAAACUGUGGUGAAGGCAAAAGCCUACAUCCUCUUCUAUGUGGAGCGGCCAGACAAGGCUGCCUCUCAUGCAACUGCAUCGGAAACUGCUGUCUGCGUGAAGACUGCCUCGGAUUUGGCUGCCGUGGACUCUGCCGCCAUGGGCACUGCUGUCUUAGAAACAGACUCUUAGGCUGUGUCAAACAUGGCUGACUUGAAGGUUGACACCAAGCUUUAAAACCUGUUGCAUGUUGGAGCGUUUAGGCUUCACGGCCCCAGAUCAGUUGUCACCCCUCACUCUUGCCUCACCUCAAUGGCUUGCCUCCUAUCUGCAUAAUCAUUACCUGCUCCUAUCACUGUUGUUAAAAGUGCAUGAGUUUUUUAUGUAUAUAAGCAUUUCAUUAGACCUCCCUUGCUGCUCUUAUUUUAAAAAGAUUUACUUGCCUUAUUUGCUUUAUGUUACAUUCCUCUAUUGAAACAGACUGCUCCUGUUAGAUUCUAAAGAUGAUGGUAAAAUCUUUGGCUCUGGUCAUUCUCAGUGUCAAAAAGACAGCUCUAAAAUCCACUUUGAGAAUGUCAUGAUUUUACAGUCAAGUCUAUCUUAUAUGGGCCAAUCCUACACAAUAUUGUAGUUCUGCUAGUCCAACAAGUAAAGCUGAGAAUAGGCAUUAGAAAGUAGCAAUAUGCUAUGAUUAAAACAGCAUGAUUUUAAUGAAUAACUGAAUCAAUGUUAGUUAAGUGUAAUUUGUUGUGGUAUCAGUUUGGUUACCUUUUAAUUAUUUUGUUAUCAAUAGGUAGGCCCACAGUACACAAUAGUCUUUAUUUGUUGGAGGAAUACUUUUUUAGUAGUAUCCCCCCAAAAAAUAAUAACUAAAUUACAAUUUAAAUCAUGGAUCCGUCUUUCAAACACAUGUAAUGUUCAACAUGUUCAACUGUGCUAUUUUUGUAAUGUUUUAGAAGGUACAAGAUGUCCACUGUUAAGAGUGCUGAAGUAAUAAUCACUAAGGGCCAGUGCCUAAAACCAGGCCACUGCAAGUGCAAGUCUUAGGUAGUUAAGAAACAAUUCCUCCUCAAAAUAAAGAGAUGCAGAUGGAAUAGAGUGGAGUGUGUGACUUUCUUUAAACUAAGAGUUGAGAUGCAAUUAGUCCUCAGUUCCCUCAGUGGGAUUCACAUUCAGAAGAUUUAUUUAUUUUUUAUUUUUUACAAGUGAAGUAGGAAACAUCCAAGAACUAAGAUUGUUAGAACUAGUGCACAGUGCCCAUGAUGCAGUCGUGAUAAAGAUGUCAGUGAAACACACAAAUACAGAUUCCUGCAAUUAUAGAUAGGGCACAGGGCCUGCGAUGAUUUUGGCGACCCACACAGAUUUCUGGAAUUAUAGACAGUUCAGUGCCCGUGAUGCAGCUGGUGAUGACAGUUCUUCUCAGCGGUUUUGGUACCUAUAUUUCUCAGAUCACAAUUGAAAUUCUCUGUCAUCUCUUAAGUACUUGUUCAACCUCCACAUCUAUUCUAGUCAUAUUGCCAAUGCUGUGGGAGCCUACAUUCAUGCAAUGUUUAUGUAGCUUUCAUUGUUUUGCUGUUUCCUAUGUUAUAAGUUGCUUAUGUUAUGUUGAUCUAAAUGUACUAUAUUGGUUCUGUUAAAUUGUCUUACCACUACAAACAUCUAAACAUUUAGUUCAUAAGAGAAGUCAACACAUGCACAAUGGUAAAGCCAGUUGUCAUAAUUGUAGGCCAAAUUCACCAUAUAGCGCUUGUACAUUUGCAAUGUGCAGGCAGUUUUGACAUUAGUAAACACAUUAAUUUAUGUAACAAAAUUAACUGAUCUAUACUGAAAGUAUCACUUUAUAUUGUCGUUCUAUUAGCUAGCCAGUCGCUUUGAAAGCAGCUGAAUAUCGGUUGUAAAGCAAAUUCGCUUCUAAAUAACGAAACAUAAUUUCCCUAUUUUCUUUACUAAUGCUGGGUACACACAAAAAUAUAUUUUUUAAUCUUUUAAGAUUUUCAAAAUGUGAGAGAACACAAACAUGAGGACCAAAAAAUCCUAGACUGAACCGUUU